GGGGAUCCCCAUUCCUCACCAAUUAACAUCAAAUAGGUCUAGCAGCAAUAGCAAAGCAGAUUGCUUAGGCUGUUCAGCGAUAGUAGCAGUAGCAGCAGAUGGCUCCGAUGGCGGUAGCAACAGCAGAUGGGUUCGGCAGCAGCAGCAGAUGGCUCCAGUGGCAGCAACAGCAAAUGGGUCCGACAGCAGCAGCAGAUGGGUUCGGCAGCAGCAGCAGAUGACUCCGGCAGCAACAGCAGAGCAGAUGGCUUUGGCUAUUCAGCGGUAGCAACAGCAACAGAUGGGUUCGAUGGUGGCAGCUGGCAACAGCAGCAGAGCAGAUGGCUUUGGCUGUUCAGCGGCAAUAGCAACAACAACAGAGGAAACUAAAGGUGAGAUGGACGUGAGAUGUGAGAUUGAGUGAUGAGAAUUAAAAUAAAUUAGAGUUAGGGUUAAAUGUAGGGGAAUGAGUUGGGUUGAAUAGUAUUGGGUUAAAUUUAAUUGUAAUUAGAUUGAAUUUGUGUUUGGGUUUGGGUUUAGGUUUGAGUUUAAAGAAUAAAUUAAUUUUAAAAUA